UGUGGCAGCCCUUAAGAUGACCCUCAAGGUCACUUCCAACUCUACAGUUCCAUGAUUCUAACAUCCAGUUUUCAGCUUUGUUUACUCCUAAAGCGUGAUCACACUUUCAGUAUUAAAAAUAGGCUUGCACAUUCUUUCCUUUGACAAAAACUUUCAUGCAACUGAUUUAAAGAACUUCCUUUCUUGGUGUUAUAUAUACAAAAUAGCUGUACGUUAACUUUUUUUAUAAAUUUGCAGCCAGAAAGCAAUGGAGAAAUAAUAUAUUUUAUAUUAUACCUUCUCUCCCUACUCCAGAAAGAUAGAUAUAUUUAUUUUUUACAAUAGGCAUACUGCAAUAUCUGACUUUGAAAACUUUUGCUAUGUUCUUUUGAACCAAGACAGCAGCUGCCCAGAAGAUGAAGAAGUUAAUUUGCUCAAGCAAUUGCUGUAUCUUGUCAAGAAAACCACUUCACAGAGAAAUGGUUAUAAUUUGAAUUGCUAAAUUACAUCUAGGACUGGCUGAAUAGUUAAAAUACAUGCAUUCACUAUUUGUUAUGAGGAAUUUUGUACUGUACAGUAGAUAGGAUCCAAUAAGCCUUUUUAUUGCAUAUACAUUUUGUUAUGAUUGUAUUGAAACCAUGUCAUUGGGGCUAAAAACCUGAUUUCAGGAGAAUCUGAAUCUUGUUCCCAAAACCAACGUAUAUAUACCUUGAAGAAAUCUGGAUUAGAGUCCUUUAAGGUGGUUGAAACCUGCCUACAUUGCAGAAAACCUCCCAACUUCCAAGAAAUUGGGUUUCAGUGUCCCCAUAGCAAAUUUCACACCUUUGUGCAGAUAGAACUAAAUUGAAUGGGGCAAUCUGCACAUUUACUCAGAAGGAAUUCCAGGUGUGUUAAAUGGGACUUAUUCCCUAGUAAAUGCGCAUAGGAUCACAACCUUACUGGUAUAAAGUCUAGUCUAUACUUUAAUGCAACACUUCAUGGCUGUGCUCUGCUGUUCGGAUGCAGUUUUAGGAGCAGGUCCCCCACCCCCAUCUUUAAAGAUGUAUAUCUUAGAAGUCUGUGACAAAGAUGAAAAGAGUUGCUGUAGGUGUGUCUGAGAGUUUGGACAUGCCCAAUUUCAAUUUUACUGUUUCUUUAAAUAGUAGGUCCGCGGCUCAAACAAACCAAAAUCCCCACCUUGGACAAUGCGAAGUCGGGGAUUGUGGUUUCUUUCUGUUGAAAGUGGGACGUCUCUGUCUGUUCACAGUAAACCAUGAAUUGUGGUUUAUUGUGAUGUGUGAAUGCAGCCAGUGUGUUCUGAGAAAGUUUGAGGGGUUUUUUAAAGCCUUAAAAGUGUGCUUUGUUAAAAACAGGGGGGAAAGGCAGAAGGUUUUGUACUUACCCCUGCCAGCAUGGAGACAUUUCCAGUUAGCAAUGUAACUGGCUAGACUUGCUCUUGAAUAUUCUGAAGGCUUUUCCCAGUGAGCAAGAUAGUUAGUUCCAAGAUAGGAGCAGUGUGAUGAUGUUCAGUUGGUGCAUGAUGCUGAAAUUGUCUUGCAUGGGUUUCAUCAAAUCUUCAUAGGCAUUUUUAACACCCAAGGCUUCCGCAGAUCCUGUCCAUUAAGCUUUGUCUGAAAUUAAGCCAAGUCUGAAUUCAGAGGAGAUAAGAAAACUAUGCUUAAUCCAUUUGUUCUGGAUUUGAAGGGAGGGUAGAGAGGGAAAUGUGCCUGGCCACCCCUCCCCACAUGCUGAUAAAAGCACAGGAAAGGAAAAAGCCACAUCUGUCAGUCACAAAAUGAUCAGCACCAUCAAAAUGAUGCCCUACAGGUUUCCUGCCAAAGGAAAACUAACAAGACAUGGGGAGGUCCUCUGAAUGGGUUAGGGUGGGACUUUAUCAGCCAGGGGGCAGAGCCAGACGACUCUCUCGCUGUUCCUGUCCUUGGAUUAUGCCAUAUGGAGCAGAGGGAAGCGCCAAGGGAGAGAAAAAACACCCUGCAACAGGAGAGGAAUCCUGGUAACAGGUGACAGACUGGCUGCACACGGCGGUGUUGUUCCACAAUAAUGUUUGACUUCUUACUGGGUGGCUGGAGAAUGCCAAAGGCAGAGAAGAUAUACAAUACCUUUUAUAAUUUUAAAUAUUGAUCAAGGUGAGCAAUACACCUACUUCAUUACAGAAUGUCUUACGGUAAUGGUGAAACUGGUGGGCACCCAAUGUAUAACCUUUGCAGUAGAAUUCAGCAUUCUGACUCCCAAGUGGGGAACCUGAAUGGACACAGGAAGUCUGCAACCUUUUUGGAAGUGCGAGCAAACUUAAACAAUAUGCAGUACUCUUCUGUGGCACUUGAUCCCGAUUCUUUGGUGACUAAUGGAUCAAAAAUUUAUUCAAACUCUGAAGAAGAAAAUCCACAUGAUCCUGCUUUCCAGAUAAACACCGAAUCCAUGACAGGAAGUGAGGUACACCGGGCCUACCCUACAAAAUGCUUUUAUGGCCCAUACUUAACCAAAACUAGUAUGCAGGGAGAUGUGUACAACUUUCUGGAACGGCCGAGUGGAUGGAAGUGUUUCAUUUAUCACUUUGCAGUAUUUCUAUUGGUGCUGGUUUGUUUAAUCUUUAGUGUUCUGUCCACUAUUGAAUACUAUGCAGAAUUUGCCACUGGGACUCUUUUUUGGAUGGAAAUUGUCUUGGUGGUAUUUUUUGGUGCUGAAUAUGUGGUGAGGCUCUGGUCUGCCGGUUGCAGAAGCAAAUAUGUUGGUAUUAAGGGAAGAAUACGAUUUGCUAGGAAGCCUAUAUCAAUAAUAGAUCUUAUUGUUGUUAUAGCUUCAAUUAUUGUUCUGAGUGUAGGAUCAAAUGGACAGGUGUUUGCCACAUCUGCAAUAAGGGGAAUCCGUUUUUUGCAGAUACUUCGCAUGCUUCAUGUAGACCGACAGGGUGGCACUUGGAGGCUCUUGGGAUCUGUUGUAUUCAUACAUCGUCAGGAACUAAUAACUACGCUGUAUAUUGGAUUCUUGGGAUUGAUCUUCUCAUCGUACUUCGUCUAUCUCGCUGAGAAGGAUGCAGUGGAUGAGGAGGGACAAACAGGGUUUUCCAGUUAUGCUGAUGCUCUCUGGUGGGGUGUGGUAACAGUCACUACUAUUGGCUAUGGUGAUAAAGUGCCACAGACAUGGAUUGGCAAGACAAUUGCGUCUUGCUUCUCUGUGUUUGCCAUCUCUUUCUUUGCUCUUCCAGCGGGCAUCCUGGGUUCCGGCUUUGCACUUAAGGUACAACAGAAACAACGUCAAAAACAUUUCAACAGGCAAAUACCUGCAGCAGCAUCUCUAAUUCAGACUCUGUGGAGGUGUUAUGCAGCAGAGAAGUCAUACAAUUCCACAGCUACAUGGAAGAUCUAUGUCACCACAGCUCAAAACGCAAAGAAAACAGCAGCACCAUCUAGCCCAAAUCUCAGAAAACAGAGCAGAAGAUACAAAAGGAAAGGAAAACCUGGGCGUGAUAAUGGUUCCACACCUAUAAUGAAUCCAGGGGAGACAGUGCUGCCUAUUCCACAAAUUACUUAUGACCAUAUCGGUCAGCGAGAAGACAAGAAAGAGAUGAGUUUCUACCUUGAUGAACCUGGAGUAAAAAAGCGUUUGGAAGGGAACAGUGGUGAAAUGUCAAGGGCCAACAGUUUCACAGAAGACAUGGACCUCAUCUCUGAAGAGGCACCUUUGCCUGCUGUGUCUGAUGUGUCACAGUAAGUGCAAUAAUUAUGAGUGUUUCUUAGAAACACAUGGCAUUUGCAGAUGUUACAAAGUCACUUGUGCAGAGUUGGAGGCCAGUCAAUUGGCCAAAUAUUGUUUGUUGGACAUUAGAUUGAUUCUGUGUUAUUUGGCUCCAGUUGAUUCUGUGAAUGCAAUUAAUGUGCAGUUUUUUGUUUUGUAAAUAGAAGCCCUGGGGAAGUUUGAGCAGCCUUAGCACCAUGAAGGGUAGAGAGGAAACACGUAACUCUUUCUCUCUCUUUUGGGGUCCGAACAGAAAAGCUGCUUCUCCAAUGUGCAUUUCAAGCACACCAGUGGAGAUUUCCUUUCAAGUCUUAGAGCAAUUAAUAUCACAUCUUGGGCCCUUAGUACUUUUGAAACUUCUUGGAAUUAAGCGACAACAGAGAGGGGGGAUUUUUUUGGUCUUUUAUAGCCCUAGAAUGUGGACAUUCUAGUAACUGUGAAAAAAUAGACAGUGCCUUUGUUAUUGUGAAGGAGAGGACAUAUAUAAACUAGCUUUUAAAAAUUGAGACAAAUAGCUGUCAACUUUUCCCUUUUUUUAAGGGAAAUCCUAUUCGGAAUAAGGGAAUGUCCCUUUAAAAAAGGGAAACGUUGACAGCUAUGCUUGUUGAUCAACGGAGGUGUUUUCUGCAGGAUGGAUGUAAACUGUUAUUUGAAUAAGGUUUAUAUAGCAGUGUCUUGUGGGCAAAGAAUUCAGUACGUUCCCUUUUGGUCUGUAUGGCCUAUUUUAUUUUGUUUUGGUAUAAUAUUUUGAACUAUUAUGGUGGAUUUGUAUUAUAUAUUUUUUAAAAAAUAUUAGUGUUAUAGUAUGCUGAUUGAAAUGUUAGCUUUUUUGUGAAUAAGAUUCCAUGUAAGGAGCUGGUUUUAAUAUUUUAAACUGUGGGACCUGCACACCCCCAAAACUACCUUUCACCUUGUGUGCCUUGUGGCCUAUUUAGACCUUUUUCUGGAGUCUCAUUUAUGUACUUUCACUGUAUUGUCAGCAUGGUUUUAGUGAGAAGUGGAACAUCUUUGCAACAAUCCUGGGGCAAUGGAAUACUCCCCCAGAGGAGGGUUAAUAAAUUACAUCUUUACAGAGUUGGAAGAGAUGCUUUCAUCAUCAAAAAUUUGGUUGUGGUGCCUAAGUACUCUUCAGAGAAAUUGAUUGAGAAAUUAAAAAUUAGAAACACUUAGUGUGUUGUGAGCUUAGAUAUUCUGCCAGAAAUUGAAACCUUGGGAUCAAAAUUUCAGAGAGUCAGUGAAUGGUUUAAUAAGACAUGGCAUCUGGCCAUAAUGGCAAAGCUUGCUGAAGCCCUACAUCUUUAUGAUGGAAGACAAAGACAAGAAUACUUUGAGAAGCUUUGGACUCCACUUAUUUUAUAUAUGGAUCAGAAAUUCAAUACAGACAUUUUCAUAUAAAGGC